AAGAAGAUGAGGAUGAUGAGGAGGAUGAAGAAGAAGAGAAGGAAGGUGCUGCUGAUGAAGAGGAAGAUGAUGAAGCUUCUCCUGAACCCAUCUCCACCUCUGAGGAUGAAGAGUCUGACGUGCCCGUCGACACCGAGGACAGCGACGAAGCCGAAGAUGAAGACGAAGAAAAAGAUGAAGACGAUGCGUUCACUGACACCUCGGACGUCAGUGAACCUGCACCUCUUGCCAGUGACGAUGACGAUGAUGAUGAUGAAGAUGACAGACUAGCUGAGGGCGUCACAUCUGACAGCGAUGACAUCAUGGCAGAAGACACCGAUGAUGACCUCGAGCUUCCUCCUGUUCCCGCUGACACUGAGGAUGAUGAAGAUGAGGACGAUCAGAAGGUCGCUGAGGAGGAAGAUCUUCCUCCUUUGCCUGCUGUGGAAGAUGAUGACGAUGAUGAUGAGGAGGAAGACGUCAAAGUUGCUGAAGACAUUGACGAAGAUGACGAUGAGGAAGACGUCAAAGUUGCUGAAGACACUGACGAGGAUGACGAUGACGAGGACAUCUCCGUUGCCUCCUCCGAGCACUUUGCAGACGACGAAGAUGAUGAGGAAGACAGCGACCUCAAAGACGAGGACCUCGACAGAGACGACCUUGUUGACCUCGAGGAUGAAGAUCUCGACAAACCUGAUGAUGUCAUUGAAGAAGACGUCCAUGAAGAUGAUGAUGACGAUGAUAAAGAGGAGGAGGAGGAGGUCCCUCCCCUUGAGAGCACAGACAGCGGCGUGUUAGGCGACGAAGACGACGAUGACGACGUCACAGACGACGACUCUGUCGUGUUCAGUGACGACGUCUCCUACGACACGACCGAUGAAGACGACGAAGAUAUCGACACCAGCUCACCUGAGGUCGAUGAAGACGACGAAAAAGAGAUCACGGCAACUAUUGUUGACGCCGAAGAAGAUCACGAAGUUGUCACGCCGGAGUCUUUAGCAAGCAAGGACGAAGAAGACGACGACGACGAUGAUGAUGGCGAUAAGGAAGACGAUGAUGAUGAUGAUGAUGAUGAUGAUGUGGAUGACGUCUUGCUAGCAGCUACCGCUGCAGCAGCAUUCAGCGUCCAGGAGGAGGCAGCGAAGGCCGAGGAAGACGCAGAGGAGGACGAGGACGAGGCCAAAGAGGCUGCUGACGAAGACAAGGAAGAAGAAGAGGCUGAGACUGAAGAAACAGUCACCUGUCAGCCUGCCGCCCUCGAGGAGGAGGACGAGGCAGAAGAUGAAGAGCCGACAGCUGAACUGAAGAAAACCGUCGACGAGCCUGAAGACAAAAAAGAGGAGGACGAUGAAGACGACGAUGGUGAGAAGGCGACAGUGGACGUGAUCAAACCUGUGCCUGAACCUGAGGAGGAAACAGCAAAGGCUGAACCCGCAGUGUGCUCCUGUGCGCCGCCUGCAAAGGCCAAAGAGUCUGCAACCAAGACUGCAGAGAAGAAAGACACUCCGAGGAGAGUUUCAGCUGUGAGAAGGAAAAAAGACCGUGAAUCUGUGACAGAGCCAAAGAGGAAAGCUCUUCCCAGAAUUUCAGGUCUGGGGGCAAAAAUCAGGAGGACCAGGAAAAUCCCUAAUAUUUUCAAAGCCAAGAAAGUGGAAAAGACCAAGACUGCCAAAGCAGAGACCAAAAAACAAGAGACUGCAGAAUCUGCACAAGAAGUCGGUCCUUGCAGACCUGCACCCGUCUACUGCCCCUCUCCACCCGGCUGGUACGUUCAUCACGUUGUCACAGACAACCCGUACCCUCCUCCAAACAUGCCAGCCCCCGCUGCUCCUGUUCUCACCGCCCACCCAGUCCAUCCCGGAGCUCCACCUAUGCAGCCUUUCUAUCAGCAGCCACCACCUUACUAUCAGUAUCAACCAUACCCACCACCAGCACAGCAGGUGACGCAGCCUCAACCGGAACCAGCACAGCCUCAACCAGAACCAGCAGAGCCUCAACCAGAACCAGCAGAGCCUCAACCAGAACCAGUGCAGCCGGUUCCAUCAGCUGAACCAGAGCAGCCAGAAGUCCCAGAACCAGAGGCUCCUGUUCAGCCUGAGGUCCAAACUCCAGCUGCUGAGGCUGAGCCUGCUGUCGCUCCAGUCCAGGAACCAGAGACUGUUGAGGAAGAAGUGAAGGCUGCCCCUGCCAAGAAAGCUGAAAAGAAGAAAGCGAAGGCUGCUGAUUCAGAAAAAGGUGCUGAUGAGAAAGACAAACCCAAAGCAAAGAAAGAGCCAACAGCAAAAAAAGAGAAAACCAAAAGUGAUGCAGUGGAUAAGAAAGAGCCAGCUGCAAAAGAGAAAACCAAAGCUGCUAAGAAAGAGCCUGCAGCUGCAAAACAGAAGAAGAAAUCUGAAAAGACAGAAGCAUCAGCUGUCAAGAGCAAAGCCAAAGCAUCGACGCCCAAGAAAGACGCAGAACCAGAACCACGUCCUCAGCCCAUCAGGCUGAGACCAAGACUAGAAGUGAGGAAGGCGAAUGUAACAAAGGAAGAGAAAGCUGCAUCAGCCAAGACAAGAUCAAAAUUAUUGGUGGACAAGAAAAGCAAAGCUGAGAAGGCUGAAAAGAAAUCUGUCAAAGAGGCUCAAGAUAAAGUGAAAGAACCAGCUCAAACAAAAGAGUCCCAGACUGAAGACAAUACUACAGAAAAGAAGAAAACAGGCCAGAGAUACUUCCAGUGCAUUUACAUCCCUGGUAAACACGCACAGUACCCGCUGCGACCUUUCACCCCGGCCAUGUCCCCCACCGUGAUGUCCCCUGCGCUCAAGUCCAUGUUGGAUCAGCAUAGAGCAGCGAGGACGUCGGGGCAAUAGGACAACCUGAACUCUCGCCUCGUUUCUGAUACAGCCGCGUCUCCCGGUCCAGCAGGGGGCGGUGCUUUGAAAUCUGUGAAAUCCUUAAAUUCUGGAGGAAAAGAAACACAGACGGAGAUCAGAGUGGACAGAACUAUUUUGUCUUUAAUUUAUUGAAAUGUUAUUUUUCUCUCUGUGGUCGAGCUCCUGGGGUUUCUGCUCAUAUUUCCCAUUUUCCUCUCAGCUGAUGCUUUUCGCUACUUCACUAGCUGUCACUGCCACGGCCUGCUUGUGUGUCUUAGAUAUGAUAUAAAAAUCAUCAACAUCCAAAACAAAGAAGCAUUUGUGAAUACUGUUUUCAUAACUCUAAUAUUCUAAUGUACAUAAUGCUUAUAUUUGUAAUUUAGGGUGAUAAUAAACAUACAAGUUUUGGCAUGUUGUUGUUUUUUUUGCAGUUUGAGACUUGAAUUGAAUUUAACACAUAUAUUAAGACAUUUGCACUGAAAACAACUAAAGUUUUAAAAUAUAUUUUUAAAGCUGCACAUUGUAUCUGGAUGCAUUUACCUUGGAAGAGAUCGAGACAAGGACUGCAUUCGUACCCUGACUUGUAACUCAAGGAUGUAAAACCCUAAAUCCACAUCCUGUUUUCAUCUGAAUCAUCGAUUUAAAUCACCCUCAUCCUGCUGUGCAUCAUAACGAGACCAGUUGUGUUUUGCCGCUUCGCUGAACAGAUUAGCAUGCUAAUGUUGGAGAGGGUGGGGGGGUCAGAUCCCAGGAGCUCCCACUGUUGAUCCAGGCGGCCUCCUUGUCUCUGAUCAUGAGUGUGAACAUCCGUCUCAUCAACAUGCUAAAUGUUGUCGAGCGAUGAAUAACAAUGAGGCAUUUUUUUCUUCUUAGAUGACCUGAAUCAGGCGGGAGCAUGCACCUAACGUGAAUAUGCUUCACUGAAGUGAAAAGGCGUGACCGGUUUUUCUUAGUUUAAAUGUAAUUGUUUGAUUGUUUUUCAUUCCGUGACACUUUUUUGCUAGUUUAACUUCAAACGGGGCGACAUUGAAGUUAAAGUUUACAGUUUCCUCAUCUAAUACCAAUAAUCAACCAAUACUUGAAUACUGUUUGUUUUUCAUAAUUGGCCUUUUGUUUCCAACGUCCUUGUCAGUGCGUCAUAUUCGCUGCAUGUAGGAUCUCACAAAUAAUCUUUAACAUGUUCAGAGACGGGGAGUCCGUACGGGACGACUUUGAUGUGACCAACUAAUGAGACGCCGUGAUGUCUGCUACAGUGGAUAAAUGUCAUUUUUAUCCCGUUAUAAUCAUCAGCUUAUUUAUUAAGCCUGAUACGUAUUUUCAGUUACCUCACUCGCUCUGGUUUUGCGCCACUCGACCACCGAGGCCUGACGCCUUGUCGUCGUCGUCGUUGUUGUUGCAAGACUGUUGCUGAGCAUUAUCAUGAUCAAAUUUGCUUUUGUCUUACUGAAUGAAAACCUUGACUGAAAAGAACCAAAAGGGUUUUUCUUUCACACUUGGCUUAAUCCUGGGAUAAGACCCACAUUAGUCCAAAUCCUGCUGUAGUGUUCGCCCUAAACUAACAGUUCACACUUACAGUUCCCUAAGCUGUUGAUAAUCCACGAGGUGUCCUGAUGUUAAUGCCUGCAGGAUUUUAAAAUUCAGCUUCACCUGUGAGCUACAUGGUAAUGCGGUGUAAGGCACUGGUACUAUUGCAAUGGUUAGAAACAGUUCAAUAGCUUGUAGACUGACUUAGAGUAAUCUACUUAUCCUCAUUGUACUGGAGGUCUAGUCACAUUGUUUUAGAGUUCUUCCCCAGAAAGUCUUAAAGUCUGUUCAGACUUAAUUUCAGAGGUGAUGCAAAUGCAUACAAAGUCGAUGGAAAGAUUUAAAGGGGAAAGGAGCGACCGCAGAUUUAAUCAAGUUAGUGCAAACUUAAGGUGAAGAUGCUGACCUAACCGAGUUCCUGUUGAGUUUUGCCAUGAGUCAGAAGCAGCGUCUCAGUUCGGAGACUUCCGUUAGUACUCUUCUUCGAUGUAGUACAAUGUGUACUUCCUUAUUUAGAGCGCCAGUUUCAGCAGGACGUACCAGAAAUGAUUAUGAGAACAUUUCACCACUUCUUCUUGCUGGAUUGGAACCAUUGGUGCCAACAUUUGACCACCAAAAUGUGAAUAUGUACAACUUACAUUUGUAUUUACCAGGUGAAUACUGCUAAGAUCAAUGUAAAGUGGUGAAUUUUACCACAACUGAUUCAGUUCCAGCAGCUUCCUCAGCCACCAUUUUCACAAGGCUUGGUGGUCCCUUCCCUUCAGCUAUGCGACUGCUGAGAGCAAGAAGCGUCUGUUUGCUUUUAUUUUUACCGUUAUGCAGCCAGGUACUCCAUAAAGCACACUUAUGGACUCAAAUACCCCUGUAGAGCUUGCUAAUUGUGCAAUAAAGCCAGGGUUAGGGUUAGGGUUAGGGUUAGGGUCUGAACCAAAUGCAGCAUGCUUAGCACGCCGACUACAGGCUUCUAAUUUUUGAGUGUGAAACCCGAGAGGCUUGAUGUAAACUCUUGGUUAAUAAGUCCAAGUGUGAAAUGAGGUCAAGUUAGCCCCGGGCUCCCUGUAGGCCUGCAGGGUUUAGGUCAACAGGCCGGAGAAAUGAGAGUGUGAAGAGUCCUCGAGAUCAAAUGAGAUGUGACAAGCUUUAAACUGUGUGUGCGGCGUUUUAAAGACACCGGGUCGGUGUUUGUUUAUAGACGAACCUUUUUUAAAUCUUAUUCCAGUGAGGAGACGCAGCAGUAAGCUGCUGUCUGGAGGCCCGGCAUGAAUGAACGAUAUUAACAGACAGUAAUUGCACCGUACAGCUGGAGCUGUGUACUGUAAUUAUGCUUUUUAAUAUGAACUAAUCUAAUCUCAGUAGACUGUGUACAACAAGCUGUUCAAAUAUUCAUGUGAUCAUAGAAAGUGGAGUGCUGGGUUUACCCUUGACUACAUUUGUGAUUACGUGUUAAGUACAUUGUUUGUUUGAAGGCUGGAGAGCAAGAUUUAGUUUCCGUAAGGGUAAAAAAAUGUACUAAUUAGUCUGUUUCAUCUCAGUUUUUCAGGAAUGUUUCACUGAACUAUAUUUGUCUUCUCUGCAGAGACAUUUUAAACUGGGUUUCCCACAUUUAUUGCUCAGCGAUUCGUUUUUUGUUUUUUGACACUUUGAUGUAUUUUAUUCAGAGUUGUAACAGUCUAAUCCUGUAAAAAGUCAAUCACCAAACUGACCAGUUGCCGUUAAAGGUUUCCUGCAGAGCUUUUGACCACUAGUGGCGCUGUAGAGCAAUGUUUCGAGGAGACGCAACACGAUUAAACUUUGUGCCUUUUUCCGACUAUGAAGUCGAUUUUGAUUUAAAAUGUUUUUAUUUAGAGACAGGCAAUGCUUUUAAAUGUCUGUAAUGUCUCAACAGUUGGUGGCAUUCAAGUAUGUCAGAAUGCAGCAAUAAAAGCAGGUGUACAAUGCAUUUUUUUAAAAACAAAAUCACAUUCGUAUUGUACAUUUAAAAACUGUUACCACACAGACAAAAGCAGUCUAUAUUUAAGUUACUUGAACGUCAGCAAACACGGCAUCAGAUGUCUGUUCUUUGGAGUGUGAGGAUCAAUUUAGAAACAUGUCUAACAAUGAAAUAUGACCUAAUAAAUAGAUUGGAUAAGGACCAGUGUCCUUUAUAGAGAGUCAUCAAACUAUAUAAAAGUCAAAUCAACUCACUGUGAUGGACUGCACUAGAAAGCAGUAAAGCAGUUGUUUGUGAUUUGCUGUUUAAAAGAGAUCGGGGGGUUAAAACCAGGUUUAUGCCACGUGUGAACCCUGGAGGAAACAUGCUGCAGAGUAAAUAUUUAAUAUAAUAUGAAGGUAGGACAUUGUCAAGGGUUUAAAAAAAGACGUUCAUAGAUGUUGCUGAAUGUCAUUAAAACUCCUCUGUUUACUUAUAAAACAGUGCGACAGUCCCGGGUUUGUUUUUGUGGAUGAAAUCUACAUUAGAAAUAUUUCAAGAUUCAAACUCAGCGGGAAAUAUGAUGAUUGUGUUGUAGUUUCAGCAACACGUGCAGAAUAAUCACUGUGUUUAUGUUUUUUGAUCAACUGAACAAAUAUAGUUUGAGGUUGUUUAGCUGGAUCACUUCUUUUGUUAAUGAUUUCUGUAAUUUGCAUGUUUGAGUUGUAAUCCAGCUCCACGCGAGCAUCGCAUUAACCAACAGUCGGUCGGAUGUUGUAUAAAGACUGUAGAUACGUUUGUUUCACGUGUUGCUCUCUGGAGUCUGAUCACCUCAGAAUAAAUUCAUACGCUGGUUUUUGCUGCAGAAAAAAAAAAGUUUGAUUUGUUUCGAUUAGAGAGUUUUGUGUCGUUCAGUUUCAGACUGGCAGUGAUUUUAAUCACGAGGAAACGAUAUAAACUAACUGUUGCAUAUAUUAGAAAGCAGAGGUGUAUGAUGUGAUCACACGGCGAGGUUCGCGGCCCAGCGACUCUUAAUGGACUCGAGUGAGAACGUCUGCUGUGUUAAUAUGUAGAACACAAUCACCAAAAUGCAUUUUUGUGAGUCAUAAUUUCAAUAAAUAUUUACAGAAAUUUGUGAGGCCAUCUGUGUCUUUUUUAUUUCUCACAAGUGAGAACAACAAGUGAAGGAUGGCUGCUAUGGAAACACAGAGGGACAUUUCAACCUGAAGCACAUUAACUGGGUCAGAACAACAAAAGAAAUGUCAAAUUGAAACUGAUGAUACAUAUUUAAACUUUAAUUUGUGUUCGGGGGACUGUGAGGAGCACACGGCAACUUAAGCAGCUGCAACGUGUUACGUCAGCAAUCUGCAAUGAGUGUGUGUGCUGACUUAAAAAGGUCUAGUUUGUAGGAUUUAGUUGCGCCUAACAGUGAAGUUGCACGCCUCACCCUCUCCUUCAAGCAUGUAGGAAAAACUCUUGCUGUUUUAUACAUUUACUUUUAAGUUUUUGGGUCAGAACAUAUGAAAACUCCAGAAGUCUUCAAGAUCUUGCUGUGAGGCAACACUGCUAACCACUACACCACCGUGCUGCUCAGCUGAACAAAUUCAGAUGCAAACAUGAGCCAAGAGACUAAAAUAGUUGAACACAAUUUCUUAUAUUCGUGAUCCAGAGGAGGGUGGUGGCAGGGGAGGGUUUUUCUGAGGUGCAUGGGGAGUUAGGCAAGAGUUUCCACGAGCAAAACAACAGAGCUACAGCACAAAGCUUUAACUCUAGUGU